AUGGAACGCAUAAAACGAAUCUCUUAUGCGCUAAUAUUCAUUGGUACUUUAAAUAUUCUAAAUGGAUUUAUAGCAAGUUGUAUUCAAGCAGAAAAAUCUUAUCAUACAAAAUAUUUUGUUAACACGCAUUGGAUCACAUCGAUCAUCGUAUUUGCUGGUAUUUCGGCGACGUUAUGCAAAUCAUUUAAUUCCAUAACAAAUCUUCUAAUAUUUGCGAUUUUAUGCAAUUCUAUAGCAUUUUUAAUCGCUUCCGUCGCUGUUAUUGCUGAUUUUCUAAAUAUCGUUAUUCUAAUACGCGAUUUUGAUUCACUUAAAGCCAAUAAACUUUUCACUAUCAUUCAGGUUUAUGCAAUGAUAAGCUACAGUCUUGUAGACCUGUUACUUUGUAUUCUGGCUGUAAUGUUAAUGGUACCAAUUUUGACAUUAGCAGUUCAAAGGAUUGUUGAAUAUCAGCUGGAAAAAAAUUCAAAGUUUGCUUUAUGUAUCGGUAUCAGUCUUUUUGUUACCAGCAUUUUUAAACUGAUUGUUUGGCUGUUUGAAUUGUUCCUGGUGAGAUCGCUGGGGUCUUCGUUGAGAUUCAGUUUUAUGAACUACACGAUCGACGAGCCUUUCUGGAUUGUCUUUAAUAUCGCAGUAGGUAUCGUCUGUAUGUUAUCAUCGCAAAGGGGAGCUAUCCUAAGGACAAUAACCAUUUGUUUUAGCGCGAUAAGUCUACACCCUACAAUUAUAAUCUUAUGGAUAGAUUAUCGAUGGUUUUCAAGAUUAUUCGCAAUGCUAGUAUCCAUAUUGCUUUUAUCAUUCGAUAUCAUAUCAGCAAAGCUUGGUGCAUUUUAUAAGAUUUUCCAAGGCACGGAACAAAAAACGCCAUUUUUGUUAGCAAUAAUUUCUGCAUUACUUAUUUUAUUGACAAUGACAGAAACCAGUUCUUCAAUUAUUCCUGCCGCAUUGGUAUUUCUUUUGUUUUGUAUACAGUCGACUUCUUUCAAUAUCAUCUCGUAUGCAUAUUUAUCGUGGAACGGAUAUUUCGCAGCAAAUCUUUGCGAAUUAUUCUAUCAAAAUUCGAUUGGUUGUACAAAAUUAGUCACGAAGAUCGGUUCAUUCGCACAUUUUUUUGAAAAUCUUAUGCAUCUAUUGGUAUUAACUGGUUCUAUAAUUCUUGUGCUUCUCCUAUGGCAAUUAAUGCAAAUUAAUAAAACUCGAUCGCAUUGGCUUCGAAAUUCACAAAAACAAUUGGUUCAUAAAUAUGAAAUAAUUAUUAAGACUAUUGGUUUAAUUGGCUUAUUGUGUGGUACCAUUACAUUAUUAUUCACCGUACACGACUUUAUCAACAAUAGAAUAAGACAUCCAUUACUCGUAAUUUUAUCACAUUUAUAUCAUAUUUCGCUCGCUAUAACACUAAUCAUUUUUCCACUUUAUCAGGUUAUCGUUAGCAAAACUUUGUUCAAGAAUAGGCUUUCGUAUUUAUCACUAAUCAUGGUAAAUGCACUUCGAUUUGUCGAAAUUCUUACCCAACUUGAUUAUCGUAACAUUGGUGAAUCAGCAAGCUGGCCAUGGAAAAUACAUACUACGGUAGAGACAAUUAGCCUUGCAGCUUGCUUCGUCACUAUUGUUUUAUGUUUAAGAAUUAUCGAUAUAUUAUCAGGGAAUAUUACUGCUGUCGAUCUGCCACAAUCGUUUACUGAAUUUAGCAAUCCUUUAAGUGCAGUUCGAAAUUCAGACGGUUAUACUCAGAUGUUAUCAGACGAUUUCUGA